ACACAACAAUUUUGAUAACAAAUAUUAUUGAUGGGCUGUAUCUUGUACUGAUUGAAGUAAAAUACAUAUUAUACAUAUUUUUGAGAACAAUCAUCUUCAUGUGAACUGAGUUAUCAUUUUUUCAAGGGCUUUUCUAUCAUUUCCUCAAGCACCAUGGCUGAUAAACUUCUGAAAAUUGGAUUUAUCGGUGGUGGUAAAAUGGCACAAGCUAUGGCCCAAGGUUUCAUAUCAGCAGGUUUAACAAAAGGGGAUUCUAUGAUUGCAAGCUGUCAUCCUUCUGAUUUAGCAUCAGCAAAGGCAUUCAAGGCAAGUAGAAUAAUAUUCAACCCUCAAUAUAUAGCAAUUCAAAAGUCUGACGUGGUCAUAGUUUCUGUGAAACCUUCUAUAGUACCAAUAGCACUAGGUGACAUAAAAAAUGGAAAUGUUAAAGCUGAUAAGUUAUUUUUAUCCAUAGCUAUGGGGGUUACCACAAAACAAUUAGAAAAGUUACUGCCUGAAGAAUCUCGAGUUAUAAGAGUGAUGCCGAAUACUCCUGCCCUAGUGAGAUGUGCAGCAUCUGUUUUCGUCACCGGUAGUAAUGCCACGAAAUCGGAUGCAAAAAUCACAAAACAGCUCUUGGAGUCUAUAGGAACCUGCGAGGAGGUAUCCGAGGGACUUCUAGACCCCAUCACCGCAUUGAGUGGUUCGGGACCCGCAUAUAUCUACGUGUUGAUCGAAGCCCUAGCUGACGGAGCAGUGAAAAUGGGACUGCCUAGGGACUUGGCCUACCGUCUAGCUUCCCAGACGGUUUUGGGGGCCGGCAAAAUGGUCCAGCACACGAAAACCCAUCCGGCCAUACUCAAAGAUGACGUCACUUCCCCUGCCGGGUCCACGGCAGCCGGAUUACAUGCGUUGGAAGAAAAUAGUUUUCGUGCUUCUGUCAUUGCAGCCAUACAAGCUGCCACCCAGAGAUGUAGGGAAGUAUCUAAUGAAGGCAGGAAUAAAUGAAAAAAUCCCAAGAAAAUCCCUCAAUUAUCUAUAAUCAUGAAGAAAUAUGGCUCCUUCACAUACACACAUUCUUUAUUAGAAACUGAUUUAGGAUUUCAUUGAAAUGGUUGUUCCAUGAGUACUGACUUAUAGAGAAUGAGAAAAGAUGGAUAGGUUUCUAUGAAAUUAUAAGAUAACAUUAUUUGUGAUGGUGGUCUAGGUGAAUAAGUAUAUCAAUGGUUAUUUUCGAAUAUACACAUAUUUUUAUUUAUAUUCCAAAUGAUUGAAUUUCAUUUUUAUGAAAAAUUACACAAACAAAAACUAUUGCUAUUGAAUGUUUUAUUUAUUUAUUUUGUAUGUAUCACUAGGACUUUAAAGGAUUAUAUAAGCAUCUUAAAAUCUCCUUUACAAACCUUAAUACAGACCAAAUUCUGACUGGUCAAUUCUUUGAAUCAUUUUAGUGUUUAUUUAGGUUCUAAACCAUAACAGUAAUCAAAGCAAGGGUUCCUUUUUUGUGUUAAAUGAUUUUUGCAAUCCAAAUACCAUAUUCAAACUAUUCAAACCCCUUAUAGCACCCUAACUAAGCAAUUUUGUACUGUUAGUUUGAUAAAAAUUGCUUUGGUCAAAGAAAUAAGUGGUAAUCUGUUGGAAUGACCUUUCAGAGCCCCAUUAUUGAUAGAAGAUAAUAUAUUUAUUGAAUGUUAGACAAUUUUCUAUGAAGCUUCCAUUGAAAAAAAAAACAACCUAUACAAUAAAUCACAUGAGAAUAAUCAAUGAACUAAAAAUCAUGGAAAAACAUUGUAGUUUCAUUAAAUUUAUAAUCUGUAUUAUUUAUGUUAAAAUCCAACUGGAAUUGGAAGGUCUAUAAAUUUGAGCUGAAAUUUGGUUUAUAAAUAAUACAAAAAAAUAAAUGAUCUAUUCUUUAUACAUGAAAUAGUGUGGUCUGUCUUUCACAAUCUCUAAAGAUACAAUUUAUAUAAAAUAUCUGUGUAAUAAAUUUUCUUAUCUUUUGAACUGAAUUGAUUAAGAUAACAAAACAACUUGAAUAAUAAAUUAUGUAGUUAUGAAAAAUAUACAAAACUAAUUAUCUUACUAUUGUCUGUAGGUCAAUAAUCUAACUAUUCUCAAAUCAACAACCAGUAAACAUAAACAACAGGACAUUCUCAUCUAUCCCACUUGUUUUUCUUCACAUAAAAAACCACCCCAAAAGUCCCCAUUCACGUCUCUUCUUGGUUCCUGGGUGGUCUGAGAAACACAUUCCUCUUAAUACACUCCACCAACCACUUGAUCCCCUCAUCCACCCCGUCUCCAGUCAAAGCAGACACUGGCAACACCAUGCAAUCCCUCUUCCCUAUCAAAUGAGCGUUCUUAUUGAAAAUUGGCUUCACCUCUCUCACCCCCAUACACUCGGGCACAUCCUGUUUAUUAGCCAAGACAAGCAGAGGCACCCCUUGCAAAAACUCACUGGCUAUCAUCUUGUCAAAUAUGUCUUUGGACUCCUCAAUUCUGUCCCUAUCUGUGGAGUCUACAAUGUAGAUAAUAGCGUGUGAUUCUUCAUAGUAUUUGUCCCAGAGGGACUGGAGUUCAGAUUGGCCCCCCAGGUCCCAGAAAUUCAGCCUGAUGCCUGCCACAUCUAUUUUUCCUAUGUUGAGGCCCACGGUGGUGGUUAUUUUGGAUGGAUGGACCCCUAUGUAGUUUUUGCUCAGCUUCGUUUUGGCUGCUUCGAGGAAUGUGGUUUUGCCUGCGUUGUCCAGUCCCAGGAUCAGUACGCAAAAUUCGUCUUUUUGCACCAUGUAUUUGUAGAAUCCGUGGACUAAGGUAAACAUAUUUCAUUUUCGAACCUAACCUCUUUCACUAUCAACUUGAAACUCGAAAUAUUUGAAUAGAUUGUUCAGUCAUACAUUUUUCAUAUUCACUUUUUCUGCAACAUGAUUAUCUUUGACAACAAGACAUCAUGACAACACAUAAA